GCAUUGUCGGUGCAACUGAAAGGCCGUUUUAGUAUUGUUUCAGCAUUCGGUUCCAUUGGUUUGCUUUCUUUGGCGCUGUUUAAAGAAAACUGGCUUCAAUUUUUUUUAAAUUGCAUUUAAGCGCGAUAAGUGCUGCAGUGUGUGUGUGUGUGCGUGUGUGUGUGGGUGUUUGUGUCUAACGGAAUCCGUAAUCAAUAGAAAAGCUUAUCGACGAUGGCUUGUCCGUAUGCUGGAAAUGGAUCAUUGCAUGAUGACACCGCACAUCCCUUGGGCAGCGAUAUCGGCAUGAUCUAUGGCGAAUACUUAAUGCUGGAUAAGCUUUUGAGUUCACAACGCAUGUUAUCGGUGGUGGAUAAUCGGCCUGUACACGAUGAACAUCUUUUCAUUGUUACCCAUCAAGCAUAUGAACUAUGGUUCAAGCAGAUAAUUUUCGAACUCGACUCCAUACGGGCAAUGUUGAAUAUAGAGGACCUCGAGGAGUCAAAGACAUUGGAAAUUUUAAAACGUCUAAAUCGCAUAGUACUAAUACUCAAGCUGCUGGUCGAUCAAGUGCCCAUAUUAGAGACAAUGACACCCCUGGAUUUCAUGGACUUUCGUACCUACCUCGCACCAGCGUCCGGUUUUCAGAGUUUACAAUUUCGGCUGAUCGAAAAUAAACUUGGCGUCAAGACCGAUAAACGUGUUAAAUACAAUCAAAAAUACUCAGAGGCUUUUGGCGAUGAACCGGCGGCAAUGGACGCUAUUGAAAAAUCCGAAAAUGAACCCUCCAUGUUGGAUUUAAUACAGAAAUGGCUUGAGCGGACACCUGGACUUGAAACGGACGGCUUUAAUUUCUGGGCUAAGUUCGAGGCGAGUGUUGACAAAUUUUUGGCCGAGCAAGUGCGCACAGCUAUGCAAGAACCCAUUGAAGCGGCACGCAACUAUCGUCUGAUGGACAUUGAAAAGCGGCGUGAGGUGUAUCGCAGCAUUUUCGAUCGCAAUGUGCACGAGGCAUUGGUAUCGCGUGGUGAUCGCCGUUUCAGCUACAAAGCGCUGCAGGGCGCCAUUAUGAUCACCUUCUAUCGCGAUGAGCCGCGCUUCAGUCAGCCGCAUCAAAUGUUGACACUUUUGAUGGACAUCGAUUCGCUCAUUACGAAGUGGAGAUAUAAUCAUGUGAUCAUGGUGCAACGCAUGAUCGGUUCACAGCAACUCGGCACAGGUGGCUCUUCUGGUUACCAUUAUUUGCGUUCCACAUUGAGUGAUCGAUAUAAAGUGUUUUUGGAUCUAUUCAAUCUGUCAACUUUUCUUAUUCCACGCGAAGCUAUUCCACCACUAGAUGUAUCCAUGCGCAAAGAAUUGAUCAAUUGAUUUUGAGCAAGCUAUAUACAUAACUAUUACUUAGAUAAUGCAGUGCUUUAUUUAGAAUUUAGUUCAGUGAAUAAGGAAAACGAAUAAAUAAUAUUUCCAUGAUACGGGCGAUAU